GCGCACAGAUGCCACAGACGCCCUCCUCCUGGAGAGAGAAGCUGAGGGCUCCUGUCGAAGGGGUCCUCACAGAUGCAGCGGUCCCUGCGUGGGGUCCUCAGGUGUCUGGGGGCGAAGCUGUGCCGCAGGAGCGCUCUGCUGGUCGUCCUGCUGUGGCUGGCCUCCUGGCUCUUCCUCAACGGACUGGUGUUCGUGCACAGGAACAUGUUCUCUGACUUCUGCACUGACCACAAGAGCAAAGAGAUCCUGCAGAGGGUGUGUGCUGAGUAUCAGCAGGGAGUCCUGACCGGUGACCUCUGCGAGGACCUCUGCGUGGCCGGUCGUGUGGAAUACAAACGCUGCCUCUAUUACGAGAAUGGCAAGAAGGUCAUGGCCGCCAGCUGGCGUGGGGUGCCUAUCGUUCUCAAGUCAAAGCUGGAGAACUUCUCCUCCUAUGAGGCUUUAGCUCUGCUGGAGUACCAGGAUGCAGCGGGAGGAGCGGGAGGCGAGGAGGAGCUCUCUCCGCUGGAUGUCGUCUUCUUCGCUACGCUGGAGAUCAAAAACUCUCUGGGUUUGGAGACGGGAGCUAACUUGACGUUGCCCCGGUUGUGGGGCCAGAAGCUGAAAGAGAACGAGCGGACGUACUCUCGAGCGGAGCUGGCCUCGCUCUGGGCUCUCCUUCAGCAGGAGGAGUACACCUUCCUCAGGGUCCUGCAGGAUUUAACCCACCACGUGGCCAAGAUCCUGGGCUCCUGUGGUCACUUUUACGCCGUGGAGUACUUGGCGGCCGGACAUGCGUGGGACCAGCACAUAUUCUCGUUGGAGGAGCUGACUCUGAGCCCCUCGCCGAGCCCCCGGAGCGGACAGGAGAAGACGAUGACCGCAAGAGAUAUGGUCCCCCGAGUGGCCCUGAGCUUUCUAGAGAUGGUGGAGCAUUUCGAGAACGACUUUUCCCACAGCUUACACCUCUGUGACAUCAAACCAGAGAACUUCGCCAUCAGGAAGGACCUGACGGUGGUGGCCAUAGAUGUGGACAUGGCUUUUUUUGAGCCUAAAAUGAGAGACAUACUUGAGCAGAACUGCACCAGUGACAAUGACUGCAACUUCUUCGACUGCAUUUCCAAGUGUGACAAAACUAAAAACAGAUGUGGGCCGAAACGCAAGAACAGUAACCUUCAGGUGAUCUGUGAGAAGAUCUUCAGGCCUUGGAUUUCUCCCACGCUGCUCGGUGCUAAAGCAGGGUUCCCCCUGCAGGUGGCGCUGCAGCGGGCCGUCCAGGAGUGCGCUGAGAUAGACGACGGGGAGGACGCCCAGCGCACACGGGCCGUGAGAGGACAGCUACAGGAUCUGCUCGUGGAGCUCAUUCAGGAGGAUACGGGACACCGGGGUGAAGGCCAGGAACACAAGAUACGGCACUUCAUUUCUAAAUGAACUCUCGAAACGGCUACGAAAGAACAAACCCAGUCAUGUGCGAUUCUGGAGAACAUCUCAGAUGACUAUUAUAGUCAAGAUAACAGCGGUUUUCCAACAGUUAGAUACAUUGGCAUAGUUGUUUACUGCUAAUAUUUAAAACGUCUGUUAAACCUCUCUGGUACUGUUCAGCAAUUUUUUAAAGAAAAAUUUUAUGGUUUUUUUUCUAUUUUAUUUACUUCAUUGGAAUGGUACAGAACAUGGCAGUGCUAUGUGACCACACGAAAAUCAUGAAAAUGAUAUGAAAAGGUUAAAUGGUUCUGAAAAUUAUUUAGACGUACUGUUCGUGGUCGAAAAUGAAUGUACUGGAAACAGACUUCAUCUAGUGGAAAUGUGGUACCAAACAAAAUCUUAAUGAAAGCUAAUUUUUUUAAGAGAUCAACCUCAUAUUUUUAACAUAACUUGUUCAAACGUAUGGCUUAGAUUUUUCAGUUUUAGAGUAAAAUAUGCUCUGGAAAAUAUGUUUAAUAUGAAAUAUCAAAUAUAAUUUACAAAAAAGAACUUAAACUUCUAAAAGUGUUUUUUUUUCAGUUCAGCAAUAAUCUAGCAGGUGUCUUAGAGUAAAAAGAGAUCAG